AUGGCUGCGAUGCUGCAGGCCGAGGCAGAUCGAUCUCGUACUGAGCCCGUCGCCACAGAGCCCGUCGCCACAGAGCCCGUCACUGGCUACCGGGAUGUGGAUGAGAUGCGCCGGCUCCUGCAGCAGCGGCAGGCGCCGCAGCCCCGGGUGCCGCAGCCCCGGGUGGCUGCGCCCCGGGCGGCGCAGCAGGCGCGAGAGCCAGUAGAACUGCCGCCCGCGACCGCACCCGAGCUGCAGGAGCAGUUCGUACGCUUGACCCAGGAGAAGCGAGAACUCAAGGACUAUGCCGAGCGUGUGACCCGCGAGCUGCGACGCUACCAGCAGAGCCGACCCCCGCCAGAGGCCGGGCCUGAGGAUGAGCUGCCGCUUCCACCCUGGGCCACGAACAUGCAGAUGAUGUCGCCCCUCCUCUUUUCAUACGAAGAGCGGAUCUCCGAGCUGGAGGCUGUCAUCGAGCGGUCUGUGAGUAUUGCCGAGCAGGCGCAGCUCCUCGCCCAGGAGAACGACCAGCUCCGUACAGAGCUGCAGGAACGCACCGAGCAGCUGCGCAAUGUGCAGCUGCUUGGGUACGGGACAGGGGAACCUGGCCUCGUAGAUGCCCAGGAUCAACACGAAGAGGUCCAGGAGCUGUACCGCCUCAGUGUGGAACAGAAUGAGGCGCUGGCCCAGCAAAAUCAGCUGCUAAAGCUGCAGCUGGAGCGCAUGCAGCAGACACUUGCAGCAGGACGGCAACAGGCCCAGGAGGUCUACGCCAAGGCUAGCGAGAACACCAGCGCCCUGGCAGAGGAAGUGCAGAGGGGUGAGGCUUUGGCCCAGCAGCGGGCCAUCGCCGAGCAGCGCUUGGACGAGGUGACCUCAGAGCUGGUGGAUCAGGUGCAGAGGCAGACAAACGAAAUCAACCAGAAGUCCUUUCAGGAGCGAUGUGCCUUGGCGCUUGACGAGGAGGAGCGGCUCAAGGCCGACCUUGCCCGAACGCAGAAGCGCGAGGGCGAGUAUCGGCGCCAGGCGCUGGAAGCCCGGAAUGGGCUGGACGAGAGGGCAGAGGAGCUUCACCUGAUCCGGAAGGACCUCAAAGAGCUCGAAGCCACCAAGCAAGAGGCUCAGCAGCUGCUGCAGACUGCCGACACGAUGGAUCGGCAGCUGAUAGACAUCCGUCAAGCGCAUGAGGACAAGGCGGCUCAGCUCAAGGACCGCGAGGCCCGGCUGAUGGAGCUCCAGAUUGAGAAGGACCGCCUCAAGAGCACGGAAGAGGCCACGAAAAAGCAGGCAGAGCGCUUGGAGGCCCGCCUGAAGGAGGAGAUUGGCACCCUGAAGCGUGAGAAGGAGCAAGAGCUUCAGACCCUUAAGAGCUCCCAGCAGAAGGCCCUUGAGGACCUACGCAGGAAGCUCCGGAGCAGCGAGCAGGCCUCCUCCGAAGCCACCGCCAAGGCCGAGCGCCUUGAGAAGCAGCAAGAGUGGCAGGCCUCAGCCUUAGAAAGACAGAGCUCUGCUUACAAGGAAGAGCACGAGAAGCUGCAAGGUGACUACCAGGAGUGCCAGCAGGCGCGACGGCGCCUCGAGCAGCAGCUGGUAGAAGUCAACCAGCAGCUUGCAAAGUUCCGGAACAGCAUGGACUCGGCCGCCGUUGAUGCGAAGGAGCAGCUUGCAAGGGCAGCCGCGGAGCAGGCCAGUCUUCAGUCCCAGCUCCAAGCUGCCGAACAGCGGCUGACAAGCGUGCAGCAGGAUCUGCAGGCGACGUCUGCAAGAGCUUUGGCUGCAGAGGAAGGCCUCUCAAAAGUGCAGCUCGAGCUGCAGGAAUCGCGCCUCAAAGCCAACAGCGAGGUGGAGGCCACAAAGCGGCAAGCGGAGGCCGACUACCGGCGCCUCACGCGACAAAUGAAGGCCCUGCAGUCGAGAGCCCAAGACGAGGAGCAACGCGCAUCGCAACUUCUCCGAGCGCAAGAAGCGUUGAGAUUGCAGUGGCAGUCCGAGCUUGGCAUGGAGCGUGAAGAGUUGGAGUCCCAGGUGGAGAGACUGCGACGAGAAAAUGCUGCCAUCCGCGUCAGGGUGCGAGACGGCUUCCAGACUCUCAUCUAUUCGAUGUCGAAGUGCAUCGUGGCCGCCGCCGUCUUGCAGCUGGUGGAGGAGGGGCACCUGAACCUGGAUGAUGAGCUGGCCAAGCACAUCCCAGCUUUCAAGAAUCCCAAGGUUCUUGCGGAACGGCCUGACGGCAUGCCGGACUUCGGCAGGCUUGUGCCAAGUAGACGGCCCAUCACCAUCCGACACCUGUUGACCCACACCUCUGGGAUUUCCUGCGGACUGGCGCCGGUGCUUGACGGCCCCAGGGUCAGGAGCGCUCGUGAACGCGCUUGGGCCAACAUCUAUGCGCCGCUGGUAGAUCGUGUGGACAACAACGAGUUCAAGAGUUUGGCGGAUUGGGUGCAGGAGCUGGCCACCAUCCCACUCGUUAGUCAUCCAGGCCAGCACUAUGGUUAUGGCUACAGCUACGACGUGCUCGGGCACCUGAUCGAGCUGAAGUCAGGCCAGCAACUGGAGGCCUACCUCUGUGACCAUAUCUUGAGGCCCUUGGGAAUGAGCGACACCAGCUUCAGCUUGCGGGCAGCUUCCAAAACUCGGAGGCUGAGCGUUCUGUACAGGUACACGAAGUCUUCGCUCUGGGGCGGCACUGGGAAGAACUUCCGGUUGGUCCGCGUGGACCCUCCAAAGCAAGGUGCAAAGAGUCGCUGGCUGGGCCGUUGUCGCCUACCCUCCGCCGGUGGAGGACUCUCCAGCCUGGAAGGGGGCUUGUUAAGCACACUGGACGACUAUGCUAAGUUCCUGCUGGCUGUCGUCAACGGUGGGCAACAUCCCAUCUCGGGUGUACGUGUCCUCAGCAAAGCAGCCGCUGAUUUGAUGAUGACGGACCUCAUGGACCAGCUUCGCUCACCGAGCGGCCGCGGUCCCCCAAGCAGUGCUCGGCCUUACGACAGCCCUGGGCUUGGGCUCAGCUGCAUUGGUGAAGUGCAGCGUCGGGGUGCGCCCAAGGACCAAUGGUUUGAUGGUGUCGAGGGAGUCCGACAGUGGGGUGGUGCGGCAAGCUGCGCGUUCAAGUACGACCCCAAUAAUGGGCGCCCAAUCCUGGCAAUGCUUGUGACACAGGCACUUCCCCAGGACGACGGGGCCACAAUCACCAAGUUUCUCAGGGGCAUCCGCCAGGUGAUCAAGGAGGAGUCUGUCUGA